AUGGCAACAACUGAGGAAAUAGUCUCACAAUACGAGGAGAUGUUUUCUAAACGAUUUACGGGCGAAGAUGAGGAAUACAUGAAGACAGUGAACAAGCCUCAGGCUUCUCCUCCCUGCCUUACGGAUUGGAUAAACACAGGCUACAGAGACAGGUAAUAUGAGUCAUGGAACAAUUUUACAAUGCCUUCUCACUUCGUUGCUUAUGCCUGAAUGCAUUGUAGGUGUCAAGAAGCAAUAAUACAUGUUGUAGUGACACUGGAAGUGGACAUGAAACCCGGAAUAUCCCGAAAAAAACGUACAAUGAGUGAAGUGCAAAUUACAACCAGAAACCCUGGCUCUUAUCUUAAAAAUAUUAAUAAUUCUCCUUCUGGUUGUUCGUUUAUCUGUUUUCAUUUGGUUUGUUUAUAUGUCUUAUGGUGUGUUCCAGGUUUUCUCAGUUAAUUUAUUUCACUGUGCGUGAAAGAAAUGUGCAGAAAUGCUGUUUUUGCACACCUAACCUGGUACCCUAAAAUCUUCUGCCAUUUCCACUAUCAGGCAUAUUACGAACUCACAAUGACCUGCUCUCCAGUUGGCUUGUUAAACUCAAUGGAUAGAGCGAUGUGCCUGGUCAUCACAUACAUCAAGCCUGAAAUUUUUCAGGUUCUUUUUCGAGCACUUAGGUUAUUCACUCUACUGCAAUGGUCACUUUCAUAUCUUUAUCCACAGUUCAAAAUAUUAUUCGUUUUAUAUAUUUUAAUUCAAGUCAUUUCCACCAAUGGAUAUCUUAUGAACUCACAAUGGCCUUCUCUUCAGUUGGCUUGAUAAGCUCAAUGAAUAGAGCAUUGCAUCCAGUCAUUGCAAAGGUCAGGGUUUGAUUUCUGGUCAAGCCUUAAUAUUUUCAAGUUCUUUUUCAACCGCUUACAGUGUUCCAGUUAAUUCUUUUAGGCAGGGGGUCAUGUAGACCAUCUGAGGGGUCACCAAGACCAUGUGCUUGUUUUUUCGUUAUAUUUAACUUGACACUUAUAUGUCAUCUGUUGGGUCAGGAAGCCUUCUUUGUCAGGUCAUUGACCCGAAACCUGUCACAUAUCUGGAACACUGUGCUUAGGUUGUUCAUUUUGCUAGGAAGAUCAUGAUUACUUUCGUAUCUUUAUUCACAGUUCAAAAUAAUUAUUCAUUUCUUUUAUUUCAAUUCAUAUCCAUUUACUCUGACACCAGUUAGCAGAGUGCUCAACUACAGAGCAGUAGCAGGUCAUCGGUUCAAUCCACAAGGCCGGACCAGCACUCGGGGUCUAAAAAUUACAUGGAUUUGAAGAUCAAAUUGCUGGACCUUCACAUACUUCACAUGACAAAAUUGAAAGGGGGUCUUUUCUCUGGCAGGAGACAUAAAAAUAGUGCGAUCCUAGAUACAUUUUAGUACUUUUGUGCUAAGAACAUUGACAUGUAGAUAAAUAACGUUUUUUUUAAUCUUCUUAUCUCGUUUUUUGUUUCUUUAAGUCUUACUUGGACUUGUUGGGAAAAUAUUGGAAUUUUGAUUUUACUUCCAACAAAGGUCAAUCUUUUUUUGUAUUAUAAGUAAAGUUUCCCUUCACAUAUUUUUCUUUCAUGAUUUAGUCGCCAUGAGGGCAGAGGGGAUAGCAGGGGCUAUGAAAGAUCAAGACAUGACAGUGGGCGAGACUAUGGCAGGCGAUAUGGGGACCACGGAGACAGACAUGAUGACAGAUCUCGGCAUAGAGAUGAUAGGUAUUAACAUUAUUGUGUGACAGUUAAUUUAAUUGCCUCCUGAAAUGUCAUAUUUCCAGAUAAAGUACAUGUAUUGUUGGUGUUAAGUCAAGCCAAAGAUUUUAUUAUUUUGAUUAUUUCUUGUUUUCCAUACUAUCUGAUCAAACUUGCCAAACAUGCAGUAGUAAAUUUUUAUUAUAAUAAUUUUAUACAUGAUGAUUGUUACCAUUUUACCAGUUAUUUUCAAAGUUAGGAGGCUGAUUAUACUAAAAUAAAUAUUGUUAUUUUGGUCAAACAUUCCAUAAGUGACCACUACGCAAAUGCGAAGAGUUACUGAUGGUGUAGGGGAGGUGGUCACUUAUACAGUGUUCUCCUUAUCAAGCGGUAAGCGGUAAAAUUUACCAUCGAAACAGCACUUCUUACCGCCUGGAACCGCUUGAAGGUUUACUAACAUUGAAUAAGUUGUUUUAAAAAAUAUGCAAGUUGUGAUCCGAUCCGAUUAAGGUAGUGAAUGAAUAUAUGGAAGUGUACUAAAGUAUACACAGCUUCUCUUUUCAUGGGCCAUGCAUUUUGGAAAGAGAGCAUUGAAGACAUCAUUGGAAUCAAACGUUUUAAAUUGUUGUCUAAAGAUAACAACUGCUGAUUUGCGUAAAAUAGGUCUUAAAAUUAGGGAAUUACGUUUCAGAGAACUUAGCUCCUAAAUUUCACAGUGAGGUUGAAGUCAUGUCCCUCACUCCCCUACUCCCCUCUCCCCAGGAAAGUGUGUCUCUGGCACAUAUUUUUUUCCUUACCGGCCAUGAAUGGUCCCUUACCUGCUGAGCUAAAAUUUAAGGAGAACACUGCUUAUAAGAGUUGGACUGCAGGAAGUGUUUUAGGAAGCGAAGCCCUGACCAACUACUUUUUUGGAGAGAAUGUAUUGCAUGAAAUUUUUAGGUUAUAAUUAGCGGUAAUAAUAAAUUAUUCCCUGAGUGCACGUUGGAUAUGAGAUGUUAAACAAGGCAUGUAGCGCUGAGAUGGCUAUAAUUGUCUUGUAUCCAUCAACUGCUAGUGGAAUAAUUUUUGUAUUAAAAUUGCCCACAAAAUGUCAGGGUCGGAAGUUAACUUUUUGAUAUCGGCACCAACUGGCAAGCAAGUAUGAAUUGUUGGUUGCAAGAGGGCAAAUUGCAUUAUCCAAUGAUUCAGUUUUAAAUAAUAUUCAUUAAUCCAUUUUGUUUCUAAAAGUUCUUUCUAUACUCUGAAUAGCAAUGUACAUACAGCGAACGCAAAGGCCAGCCAUUUUAUCAAUAAUUGGUUACUUAGAAGUGGUUAAAAGCUAUGGAAAAUUCUAAAACAGUUGUUCUAAAAAGAGGCUGUGGUGGUUAAUGAGAGUUGGUCAUUUACUAGAAGUUCCAACUAUGUUCUGGAUAAGAGGUCACUUAUGGGAAGUGGGUGCUUAUCAGAGUUGUUCACAGUUAGAGGUUCAACCAUAUUAGUAUUUCAGUAUAAAUGCACCGAACAAAAAAACAGUCAUAAUGAUUUCCUUUGUUAUUUGGUCCAGAUAUGGUGGACGCUAUCGAGAUGAUCGUCACAGAGGAUAUGAAGAUCGUAACAAACCUGCUACAGAAUACGGCUCUCGAGGAUAUUACGAGUUCUUCUACUGA